GAUGAGCAUAAUGUUAGUCUUGCAUGCAUGCAGUUAAGGCAGGACAGAGAUUACAACUAAAAAAAAGUGCAGGACAAAAUUUUUCAUUCUAGCCUCCCCCCCCCCCCAUAAAUAUCAAAUGGUAUCUCCCUUAGCCAAAAGAUUAUGAUGAACCUUCACAGAAUCACACUAAUUAAAAAAAAAAAUGAAGAUGUCAGCAGUAUGUCGUUUCUACGGAAAGUUUCUGUUAUUGAAUAAAAAUUUAUGGCAGGUGAAGGUAACUGGUAACAAAUCAAAUCAAAUAAUUUUAUUGGUGUAAAUUCCAAUACAGGAAUGAUACCAGCUGACAUUUACAAAAUACAAAUACAAUAAAAUGCUUCGCUGGGGCGCAGCUUGAUACGACCGCAGAGGUCGAACCCUGAACAGUUGGGGCAAGUAUGGACACAAAAUUCAAGCUUGAUACAGCUAUGACUUUGGAUUGUCAUUAAAUAUUUGACACAGCAUAGGUUUCUGACACAGGAUGAAUGUGGUGUAAGAACUGGAAAAAAUUUAAUUUACCUAUUAUGGUGGAAUAUCCAUAAACUAAAUUGUUUGUUAACUUCAAUACAUCAAAGAAUAUGUAGAAUUCAAUGUUUGAUGUAAUGUAAUAAAGUUGAAAUUUGGACCGUUUUUGUUCAAUGUGGACCAAUUUGGUAACAUGUAUAAACAAUCAAAAAUCUAAAUACAUGGGAGCCCAUUUAAAUACAUCAUAAAGGUAUUAAAAUAGAAAGUGACAUCAUAGUCAUGGCUAAAAAUAAACAAAAAUCCUUAAUCAGCAACAUUUAAAGUAAUAUCUAAAAAUAAAAUUCCUUUGUAACCAUAAAAGCCCAUUUAAAUACAUCAUAAAGAUAUUAAAAUAGAAAAUGACAUCAUAGUCAUGGCUAAACAUAGCUAAAAACCCUUAAUCAGCAUCAUUUAACAGUAAUAUCUAAAAAUGGAAAUUACAUCAUAAAGGUAUUAAAAUAGAAAAUGACAUCAUAGUCAUGGCUAAAAAUAAACAAAAUCCUUAAUCAGCAUCAGCAACAUUUUAUAGUAAUAUCUAAAAAUAAAAUUCCUUUGUAACCAUAAAAGCCCAUUUAAAUACAUCAUAACAGAUAUUAAAAUAGAAAAUGACAUCAUAGUCAUGGCUAAACAUAGCAAAAACCUUAAUCAGCAUCAUUUAACAGUAAUAUCUAAAAAUAAAAAUUUCUUUGCAACCAUAAAAGUAAAAUAGAAAAUGACAUCAUAAUCAUAGCUAAAAAAUAAACAAAAAUUUUUUUUAUUGGCAAAUUUUAAAUGGAGUUUAUUAUACUAAAACAAUAAAUUUGCAACCAUAAACAUGAUAAAAUCCCAUUUAAACACAUCAUAAAAGUAUUAAAUAAUUCAACUACAUCAUAAGGCUAUAAAAAUAGAAAAUGACUUCACAGUCAAGGCUAAAGGUAAACAAAAAACCUUCAUCAGCAAAGUUUUAUAUUGGCAAAUUUCCAAUGAAGUUUAUUACACUAAAAUUGUUGGCAAAUUUCCAAUGCAUUUAUUAACAAUAAAGUUAUUGGCAAAUUUCCAAUUUACAUAAUUUAAAAGCAGUGUAGAUGAGAUAUUUAAAUGAGUUUGAAUUACCAACCUUACACUGCUUUUAAAUAAUGUUCUUUACUCAAUUAUUUGUCUAUUAAAAUGGAAACCCUUGUUUUUUAACCUUUUUUCCCCUUAUUCCUUAAACAUUAGAGCCAUAACCACCACCCCCCCCCCCCCCCCCCCCCCCCCCCAAAGCCAAUUAUUACUUUCCAAUGUAACUUAAAUUUCCAAUAUACAUAAUUUUAAAUUUCAAUUCCUCAUGAUAUAUAACCGUAUCAUUAUUAUUUUCUUUCAUAUAUAAAUCUGAAACAACCAUCUUUAAAUGGAAAAUUUUAAAGAAAAAAAAAAGGAAAAAAAAAAAUCCUACCUCCCACACAUUUUUUCAACCCCCUUUUGAUUCAUCAUCCCCCACCUCAAUCACAACCUUCAAUUUGUGGUAUGGUACAUUGCAAUACAAUUUCACAGAGAUCCAUACACUUGAACACAAACUAAAAAAAUCCUUAUUUUUGACCAAUAUUUGGCCCCUUAUUCAUAAAUGUUUGAGCAAUUAACCCCAAAACUCAAUUCCUACUUUCUCUUCGUGAUAAAAAAUAACUAACUUAAAAUGUAAAUUUUAAACAAAAAAAAAAGGAAAAAAAAAAAUUACCCCUUUUUUGACCCCCGCCCCCCUUAUGAUUCAUCACCCCCACCCCCCUUUCCCCCCAAACCAAGCUCAAUAACAGCCUUGCCUUUGUGGUAUGGUACCUUGUAAUACAAUUUUAGAGAGAUCCAUACACUUGAACACAAGUUAUUGUCUAGAAACUAAAAAAUGCUUAUUUUAAACCCCUUUUUAGGCCCCUUAUUACUAAACAUUUUGGGCAAUUACCACAACACUCAAUUCCAGCUUUCCCUUUGUGAAAUGGAACCUUGUAGUAAAAUUUCAGAAAGAUCCAUACACUUACACACAAGUUAUUGUCAUGAAACUAGAAAAAUGCUUGUUUUUUGCCCCCUUUUGGCCCCUUAUUCCUAAAAUUUUGAGGCAAUUAACCCCAAAAUCAAUCCCAGCAUUGACCCUUUGUGAUAUGGAAUCUUGUGGUACAAUGUCAAAGAGAUCCAUAUGCUAACACACAAGUUAUGUCUGGAAGUUACAAAAAUGCUUAUUUUCGGCCCCUUUUUGGCCCCUAAUUCCUUAACUGUUGGUACCAUAACCCCCAAAAUCAAUCCCCACCUUCCUAUUGUGGUAUUGAACCUUAUGGUAAAAUUUCAUAGAGAUCCAUUCACUUAAACUAAAGUUAGAGUGCGAAAACCAUUGUGUAUUCGGACUAAGACGCCGCCGACGACGACGCCAACGUCAUACCAAUAUACGACCUCAAAAUUUUUUUGCGGUCGUAUAAAAACAGGCAAAAAUAAACAAAAAACAAAUAUACAGAGAUAUAUUUUCUCAAUGAUAAGAGACACAUAUUUUAUAUCUACAUUGCGUGGAGGUGUUAUUCAUACUAUAUAAUCACUUCAAGCUAUUACAAUAAGCUUUAAUACUACAACAGUUCUUAACAACAUUAUGUUUGCUUUAAAUGAAUGUUCGAAUCAUACAUAUCGCUUAUUCCAGCUACACAUACAGUACAAAUGUCAGUAUCAUUACUUUUCAAAAUCAAACUAAAUUUAUCUUGUUCAGACAUAUUAACAAAAGAUGGAACUAUGUCACUUAAAUUACAAAAGAGUAUAUUUCUAUUAAAUUCUAACGCUUUACAUUUAAUAAGAAAAUGGGAUUCAUCUUCAAUUCCAUCCUUGCAAAGUGGACAAAUUCUUUGUUCUAAAGGCGUUCUAGUAUAUCUACCAACUUGCUAUUACUAAUUCUAAUUUUUACCAUUUUAGAAAUAACAUUUUUGUUAAGGUCCAAUAGGAGAUAUUUUUCUAAUUCAUAAUUAUUUUUAACUUUGCGAUACGUUCUUAGUUUAUUACCAUGACUAUCUUUUUUAGAGUCACAAAAAAGAGCUUGUUUCCAGGAUUUUAUGAAUUCCUCCUCUAAUUUCUUUUGAACUGAAAAAAGUAAUUUUGUCUUUGACAUAGUAUUUUGAUUUUCCCAAACAUGCUGAAAACCAAGUUUACCUAAUAACACUUUUAUUUUACUACAAAAACCAUUAAACAUGUUAAAGUUUUCACUGUAUGCUUUCUUUACCAUACUCUCGCUAUUCAUAUUAAUGAUAUGAAUCCAGAAAUUAAUUGCAUUUUUAAGGGCUGACAAUGAAAGUGGGAAUAAACCUAAUUCAGCAAGUACAGCAUUAUUUACAGCACCUUCAUUUACACCCAAUAAAAAUUUAGCAAAUUUGAUUUGAAUCUUAUUUGGACUAAAGUUUGCAUAGUUUGACUCAAUGGUAGUAUUUUGUUUCACUAAACUAACAGUAGCUCAAACUUCACUGCUAUAUAAUAAAAUAGGUUUAACACAUGAAUCAAAAAGCUUUAAAUGUGGUAGUAAAUUCAUCUUUUCAAAAUAUAAUAAUUUUCUAAUACAAAAAAUAGCUUUGCUAGCCUUUUUAGAUAACUGAUCAAUUGCUGUAGUAAAAGAUCCAGAUGGUUUAAAAAUUAUACCUAGAUACUUGUAUUCAUCAGUCAGCUCUAGUAGUUUUCCAUUAUAAUAGAAAUUGUGUUUUUAAGGGUGCAUUUAUUGCAAAUAAAACUGGUUUUGGUUUUAGAUUUAGGUUUUGAACUGGUUUCCAAAACUAGUUUAGGUUUUAUCGAACUAGUUUGAAAAAUAAACCCAGUUCAGGCACAUUUAAACAAAUGGGUGGUUUCCUUGAACAAUGUUGAAACCAUAACAAAAAUGGCUGAAGUAUAUCUUUUACUACAGGACUUGAUAACACAAACAGAUGAUGAAAGCAUUGAUAGGCUUUAUCAGAUUCACAAGAGUGUCUCAAAAAGAAAGCUAGUCUUCUCAGUUGUAUCAUGCUUGGCAGCUAAACAAAUCGCCAGGGUGAAAAAUUAUGUUGAAAAUGUAAUCCCCCAAUACACACCUGAUGACUUUAGGAAUUGUUUUAGAAUGAGCAGAUCAACAUUUGAUGCACUAGUUCUAAGCGUAUCUCCUCAGUUGGCUGUGGGUCUCAAGGGUGGCAUCAUGAAAGUUUCUAUAGGAAAGCAGCUAUUGAUUUUCAUAAGAUGUGCAUCAUGUCAACAGAUUUUGACUGAGUUAGCUGAUAGCUUUGGUGUAUGUGAAGCAACCGUUCAUACUAUUAUACAUCGAACAUCUUCAAUUAUUUGUUCGGAUUUGCUUCCUGCAUUAGUUAAAUGGCCUUCUGGAAUGAAAGUGCAAGAGACAGUUGACAUGUUUUUUCAACACAAAGGUUUCCCUGGUGUUUUAGGCGCGAUUGGUGGAUCACAUAUCCCCAUCAAAACUCCUAAAGUGGAUGGUGAACAAUACUACAACAGAAAAAAGUUUCCUUCUAUAAUAUUACAAGCAGUAUGUGACAACAACUUACAUUUUCUAGAUUUAUAUUGUGGGUGGCCAGGUUCUGUGCAUAACUCUCGAGUUCUUAAAAACUCGCCUCUGUUUACAAGUGCAUCUGAUAACAAAGAGGGAAUGUUCCCAGGAAAUAUCCAUCUAAUUGGAGAUGCUGCAUAUGCUUUGAGUCAGUGGCUAAUGAUGCCUUUCAAAGACUUUGGCAACCUUCCGGCUGAACAAAAACAUUAUAACUACAUCCAUAGUUCAAGUCGGAUGUGUAUCGAAAGAGCCUUUAGUGCAUUGAAAGGUCGAUUCAGGCGUUUUUAAAAUAUACAUUGACAUGAAAGAUAUGCCUGAAGUGGUCAAAUUUGUGCUCAGCUGUUGCACAUUACAUGAAGUUUGUUUAGCCAAUUUUGAUGAAUUUGAUGAAUACAUUGAAGAAGGACUAAAUGCCAAUGAAGAGAUCAAUGAUUUCCAAGAUUUUUUAAGGAGAAAACCUACCGUACAACAUAAACGUCAGUCAAUUGUUGAUAUGCUGGGAUAAAAAGAUAUUGGUCAUAUUUAUCUCCAUUAACCAUGUUAACAGAAAAUGUGUAAUUAGAUUAUUAAUCUGUUUUUUAACUGUAAACUUUAGCAAAAUUUAGAUUUCCAAUUAUUAACUAGUGUAUUGUUUUAUUUUGUAUUGCCUGCCUUUCACACAUGAAUGACUCAGUUCAUUUUCGUGUUUUGGUCCAUAAUAUGACACUGUGUAUUAUCCAUGUUAUCUAGGUACUGCUAUUUGAUUGUUGCCAUGUUUAUAUGCUGCGUUAGAAACUCAAUACUUUAUAAAAAUAAGAAGAUGUGGUAUGAUUGUCAAUGAAACAACUAUCCACUGAGUUCAAAUAAAGUGCAUGUAAGCAAUUUAAGGCAACCGUUUGGUCUUGAACAAUGAGAUAAACACAUACCAUUUACUGGGCUAUAAAAGGCCCAGACAUGAAAAAUAUGAAAAAAUUCAAUUGAGAAAACUAACAGCCUUACAAAACAAAAUACGAAAAAAAAAAUUAUCGACAUGAACAAACAACAACAACUGAACUACAGGCUUCUGACUUGGGACAGGCACAUAAAGAAUGGUUAUCAGUGUAUUGCUACUAGCAUGACUAGCAAUACACUGUACAGUAAUAACUCAAUGCUAAUUUUCAGGCCAAAUUUUAGGGACCAUGGAGUUCUACAUGUUCUAGGCCCCUGCUUAUUUUUUGUUCCUUGGAUGGAAAACAUUUAUAUAUAAAGUUGAUAUUUUUUUUAAUACAUUAUGUGUUCAACAAU